AUGCGGGAGUCUAAACUAUGUCACGGAAUUAUGGCCAUGCUUGGUAUAAAUAUGCUUACACGUAGAGCUUCGUUUCAGUUCUUCUUGAGCUGGGCUCAUAUCUUCGGCGGCUUAAGCGUAUGUUAUAUUCGAAAUGAAGAUGUUAAGUUCCAUCAUCCCAUUUCUGUAGGGUUCCACACGCAUACCACUUACAUAUUUAGGUACCAAAUCUUUCCCCGUUCCACCCAGCUCUUCUAUCUAAUCAAGGAUUAUGGGGCUUGGUUUUUCGAUUCUAUCAAGAUCACCGAGCAUACAGCAUUUAUUUCUCCUGGGAAAAUGUUCAAGCUCUGUUGGGUAGAAAUGCACCUUGCAGAGAUGAGUGAUUGA